GUGGUUCAUUAACCAAGUUGGCUUAUUAUUCAACUGUACAGCACAAAGUGGCAAGAGUAAGGUCCUUUGAUCAUUCUGGAAAGGACAUAGAAAAUGAACCUUUGUAUGAAAUAUCAGUUCAGGAGGAAAUUACAGCUCGACUUCACUUCAUUAAAUUUGAAAACACUUAUAUUGAAACCUGCCUAGAUUUCAUCAAAGACCAUCUUGUCAAUACAGAAACAAAAGUCAUCAAAGCUACAGGUGGUGGUGCCUAUAAAUUCAAAGAUCUUAUUGAGAAGAAAUUGGGGUUGAAAGUAGAUAAAGAAGAUGUAAUGACUUGCCUAAUUAAAGGAUGCAACUUUGUGCUAAGGAACAUACCCCAUGAAGUGUUUGCAUACCAGAAAGAUUCAGAUACAGAGUUCCGAUUUCAGACGAACCAUCCAAAUAUUUUCCCUUACUUACUGGUGAAUAUUGGCUCGGGGGUUUCUAUAGUGAAGGUAGAAACAGAAGACAAAUUUGAAUGGAUUGGAGGCAGCUCAAUUGGAGGUGGAACCUUCUGGGGUCUUGGAGCACUGCUCACAAAAACAAAGAAAUUUGAUGAAUUGCUGCAACUUGCUUCAAAGGGACAGCACACAAAUGUAGACAUGCUGGUGAAAGAUGUGUAUGGAGGCGCCUACCAGACCCUGGGGCUAAGUGGAAAUCUGAUUGCUAGCAGCUUCGGGAAAUCUACUACAGCAGAUAAAGAAUUUUCCAAAGAAGAUAUGGCAAAAAGUUUACUACACAUGAUCAGCAAUGACAUUGGUCAACUCGCCUGCCUCUAUGCCAAACUCCAUAACUUAGAUAAAAUAUAUUUUGGAGGAUUCUUUAUUCGGGGCCACCCUGUUACCAUGCGCACAAUAACCUACAGUAUCAACUUCUUUUCCAAGGGAGAGGUUCAGGCAUUGUUCCUGAGACAUGAAGGCUACCUGGGAGCCAUUGGGGCAUUUUUAAAAGGAGCUGAACAAGACAAUCCAAAUCAGUAUAGCUGGGGAGAGAAUUAUGCUGGGAGUUCUGGUCUUAUGAGCACAUCACCUGACGUUUACCCUAUGCAGAGAACAAGGAGUGGUACAUUUGACAUGCUUGAAAUGGAUAGGUUGGAGAGACCGCUUGUUAACCUACCGCUGCUGAAAGACCCAUCAACCUAUAUUCCAGACACUGUUGACCUCACAGAUGACGCCAUGGCCAGAAAAUACUGGCUCACCUGCUUUGAGGAGGCACUGGAUGGGGUGGCAAAGCGUGCUGCAGCCAGUCAGCCAGACUCUAUUGAUGCGCUGGAGAGAGCUGAAAAGUUCCGACAGAAAUACUGGAAUAAGCUCCAGACACUCAGGCAGCAGCCUUUUGCAUAUGGCACCUUAACAGUUAGAAGUCUUUUGGAUACAAGGGAACACUGUUUAAACGAGUUCAAUUUUCCGGAUCCCUAUUCAAAGGUAAAGCAGAAAGAAAAUGGCAUAGCCUUAAAAUGUUUUCAAAGCGUAAUCGAAUCUUUGGAUUCAUUAGGCUGGGAGGAGAGGCAGUUUGCUCUGGUGAAAGGACUUCUUGCGGGGAAUGUCUUUGACUGGGGAGCAAAAGCAGUCUCAGAUGUUCUGGAAUCUGAGCCACAGUUUGGAUUUGAAGAAGCCAAGUCAAAACUACAAGAACGUCCCUGGUUAGAAGAUUCCUACAGUCAGUGGCUAGAGCGACUGAAGGGACCCCCUCAUAAAUGUGCCUUAAUUUUCGCAGAUAACAGUGGAAUAGACAUCAUUUUAGGAGUCUUUCCUUUUGUCAGAGAGCUCCUGUCUAGAGGGACAGAGGUUAUAUUGGCGUGUAACUCUGGCCCUGCCCUGAACGAUGUCACCUACAGUGAAUCCCUGAUUGUUACUGAACGGAUAGCAGCAAUGGAUCCAGUUAUUCAAUCUGCACUGAGGGAAGAGAAGCUGCUGUUGGUUCAGACAGGUUCAAGUUCUCCAUGUCUAGAUCUAAGCCGUCUGGAUAAAGGUUUGGCUGUGCUGGUCAGAGAACGGAAGACAGACUUGGUUAUCAUCGAAGGCAUGGGUCGUGCCAUCCACACGAAUUACUACGCGGCUUUGAAGUGUGAGAGCCUCAAGCUUGCUGUUAUCAAAAACUCCUGGCUUGCUGAUCGUCUCGGAGGGAAAAUUUUCAGUGUCAUUUUUAAGUAUGAAGUGCCGUGUAAAUGAUACGGAUCUGGUCAACUGGGUGAACAGGAGCAGCAGAAUGGACUUGCACUAGUUUUACUUUAACUGUAAAGAAUGUAUUUUUAUUACAACAGGGAAAAGAGUUCACAGGAAAUUCCAUAUUUAUAUUGUGCUUUUGUGACUUAAAAAGCAACAAUAUGAUUCACUCUAUAGUAUACACACUCAAAUAUAUAUAUGUAUAUCACUCAUUGUUUAUUUUGGUAAGUGUUUAUUUUAAUGCUGCAGUAUUUGUGAUGAAAAGACUUUAUUUUUUUGUUCUGUGAGACAUUCAUAUAGAAAUAUAUUUAAAUGUCAAUGAAA